AUGGUAAAAAAAAUCAACAUAACUAAAAAACUUAUUGAUAAAUAUAAAUAUUGUAAAGUCAGAGACGAUAUAGACUUAGAAAGAAUUGACGCGAACGCAAAAGAAGGUGGAUUUUUACCUCUCCUUCCUUUAAUAUUUGCUGGUAUUACCGCGGCGGGUGUAGCAACUGGAAGAAUGUCUGCCGCAGUCAAAGCUGCCAACGCAAAGAAACCAGCUGAUGCUAAAGCCGCUGAAGAACGCAGACAUAAUUUAGCAAUUGAAAAGGAGGCACGAGGUUCAGGAGUGGGAGAAAUGAUAGGCACAAUAAAAGAAUUUGGAAAAAGAUUUGGGGAAGAAACCAAGAAAACUGUUAAACAAGGAUUAAAUAAAUUAGUAGAUAGUAUUGACACGGGUGAAGUCAAAGUCAAACAUAAGGAAAUAUUUCCUAAUAACCCAAUGUUCAUGUGUAUAUGCGGUAGUUCCGGUUCUGGGAAAACUCAUCUCACUUUUAACAUGUUGACAACACCAAACCUUUUAGAUUUCGAUUCUCUGUAUAUCUACACAACAACACCAGAGCAAUCGUAUUAUCAAUUUCUCAAAGCUUUAGAAUAUCUACCAAAGAAAGAUGUUCAAGACCUAUUUCUAUAUUACGAAGAAGAAGUGGAAAUAAAAGAUAUCAUAAAUAACUACAUCGAAGGAAAGAAUCCAACGGAUAUAAAAGUUUUUCUUACGAAAAAUGUUAAUGAUCUAGACUUGUCUAAUAUUGAUAGCAAACGAAAGAACUUAAUAUUGUUUGACGACUGCGUAGCGCAAAGAAAUCAAGCUGUUCAACAAGAAUUCUUCACGAAGGGAAGACAUCACAAAUGUCACUGCAUAUCCCAAUCUUUUUACGGGAUGGAUUCUAUGUUCAUUAGAAAAAAAGCAAAUUGUUUUUUAUUAUUUGAAUUAAACGAUAAAGAUUUAUCUCAAAUCAUUCAGUCGAUAAACCACGGAAUGGACAGAGAUGCAUUUAGAAAGGUUUGUAAAGCUCAAUGGAGAAACCCAGAUGAACAUGGAUAUGUAUUUGUAAAUACUAGAAAACCUGCGGGUGAAAGAGUUAUGAUCGGCAUAUGUUAA